AUGACAUCCUACCUUGAGAAAGAAAGGAUCCCAGACCAAUGGAGGACCUCGCGAACCGUUCUUAUCCAUAAGAAAGGUGACCGAGAGGACCUUCGGAACUACCGUCCGAUAUGCUUGCUGAGCGUGUUAUACAAAGUGUUCACCAAGAUCAUCCUCACGCGCAUAUAUAGGACGCUGGAUGAAGCCCAGCCUCAAGAACAAGCUGGAUUCCGCCAAAGGUUCAGCUGCUUGGACCACAUCCAGACCGUGUCGAGGGUCAUAGAGGUUUGCCGGGAAUACCGCCUGCCCCUUGUUCUAACCUUCGUCGACUAUGAGAAAGCCUUCGACAGUGUAGAAACGAAUGCAAUUCUGUUGAUGUCGAUCAAAGUGUGGACGCUUCGUCUUUGA